AUUUGUAUUUAUUUGACUGGUCUCUUUGGUCUCUCCCUCAUGUUGUUGUUGUCCCUUUCUCUCUCUUUCUUCCUCUCUUCUGUUCUUCUUUCAACCUAAAUAAACACAAAACAUAGAGAGAGAAACUCAAAGAGAGAGAGAGAGAAAGAGUCACCGGCCGCCCCUGUCACACGAAACCUCCUUCCUUCUUCCUUUCUUUAUACAAAGUCAAUUCUCUUUUCCACCUGCUUAACCGUUCUUUGCAAAAAGGUCAACUAUUUUUUCAAGAAGGGAACUGUUUGAUUCUGUUAUGGCAACAAAUAGCGCUGGAUCCAAUGAUCCUACUGUUAAUAGAAGACAAACUAAACGACCCAAGUACUCGAAGUUUACGCAACAAGAACUUCCAGCAUGCAAGCCUAUUCUAACACCACAAGCGGUUAUUUCAGCAUUCUUGAUUGUCACCGCCAUAUUUAUCCCUAUUGGAGUUGCUUCGCUUAUUGCUUCACGAGAUGUUGUUGAAAUUGUUGAUAGGUAUGAGGCAGCGUGUGUGCCGUCAAAUUGGACAGACAAAAUAGCAUACAUUCAGAGUGGUGCCGAUAAAACUUGCAAAAGGGAGCUGCAUGUUGAGAAGCGAAUGAAGUCUCCUAUCUAUGUUUACUAUCAGCUUGACAACUUUUACCAGAAUCAUCGUCGGUAUGUGAAAAGCCGAAAUGAUGAGCAAUUGAGGGAUGCUGGAAAAGGAAACUCAACAAGUGGUUGUGACCCUGAAAGCAAUGUAGAUGGAGUGCCAAUCGUACCUUGUGGUCUUAUAGCUUGGAGCAUGUUCAAUGAUACAUACAGCUUCUCGCGCAACAACAAUAAUGUGACAGUGAACAAGAAAGGAAUCUCAUGGAAGAGUGAUAGGGAUCACAAAUUCGGAAGUGAUGUUUUCCCUAAAAAUUUCCAGAAUGGUACUAUUAAAGGUGGUGCUAGUCUCAAUGAAACAAUACCGUUGAGUCAGCAAGAGGAUCUUAUCGUUUGGAUGCGAACUGCGGCUUUGCCAACUUUUAGGAAGCUUUAUGGAAAGAUUGAGGUGGAUUUGGAGAAAGGUGAUGUGAUAAAUGUGGUAUUGCAGAAUAACUACAACACAUACAGUUUUAGUGGCAAGAAGAAACUUGUAUUGUCAACUACUAGUUGGCUUGGUGGAAAGAAUGACUUCCUUGGCAUUGCUUAUCUCAGUGUUGGAGGAUUGAGUUUCUUUUUGGCAAUGGCUUUUGCUAUUGUAUAUUUUGUCAAGCCAAGGCAACUUGGCGAUCCAUCAUACUUGUCAUGGAAUAGGAAUGCAGCAGGGCAGUGAGCAGAGGAAGCUAGUUGUGCAUUAUCUUCCAGGAUUGCCUUGUGUAUUUUUAUUAUUCUACAUACUACAGUGGCUGUGUUAUUUUGUAAAUCAAUGUUAUUAAUACAUAUUCAUACAAAUAACUUUUCAGACA